UCGAAAAUGUCAAAAGAAGGAAAAGCUGUCUGAAAAGUGAAAAAUUUGUUUGCAAAUUUGUUUUUCCCGAAAAUUGUGUGAAAAAUGUAAUCGUAAGACAACGGAAGUUUUGAACGACUCCGAGAAAUUGUGCAAUCUUCCUUAGAACUAUGGAUUUAACGUAAAACAAACGGGUGUAGUGAAGUGAAAGUUGCUGGAAGCGGAAAGUCAAAACAAAAUGGAUCCCAGUAGUGAAUACGAUUUGGCCAGGAUCUGUCGCUCCUGCCGAAAGGAGGACAGACUGUCGCAGGUUAUUUUCGAUUCGAUGGGCAGCAAUGGGGUCCCAUUGCAGGAGAUGAUAGCCAGCUGCAUUCAGAAUCAGAUCAACGAAAACGAUGGGAUGCCGAGUCGGUUAUGUAGGAAAUGUGUGUCGGAUGUUACGGCAGCGUACGAGUUCCGAAAGCGCUACGAAGAAAGUGAUUCCCUGCUGCGGGAGUACAUUUCCCGUCGAAAAGUCAAGCCCACCGGCGAACGAGAUGAUGUUGAAGGAGGUGUGGCAGUGAAGGUGGAGAUGAUUGAUAUUAAGCAGGAGUUUGGCUUUGGGGAGUUGGAUCCGCUGCAGGAGCAAAGCGAACAGCAACCUGCUCCACCGGUGCACGCGAUUGCGGUUUUGACGGUUGAAGACGACGGUGAGUAUAUGGAGGCGGAUGUGGAUCCGACUGGGUUCGAUGAUUUCAGCGAUCGGGACAUGGGCAGUAGCGAUGGCAGUAGCUCGGAUGAUGAGGAGAACAGCAAGCCGAAAUUCGAUGCAAUAUCUGAGGAAGGUAAAGCUGAGAUGGAGAAACUGCUAGCGGGUAUUCCGCUUGAUACGGGUGCAUCGGUUAAUUGCCCGGUUUGUUCGAAGGAAUUUGCAAAGAAGUACCAUUUGACUCGCCAUAUGCGGUGCCAUUUGAGCAGUCCGGAAUUUAUCUGUGAACUGUGCAACACUGGAUUCACACGGCGGGAGCAUCUCUAUCGGCACAUGAAGACCCACGAUCCAGCAGAGAAGAAAUUGGAAUGUCCAAAGUGUCACAAAAAGUUCGUCCGAAGGGAUCAUAUCCGGGCUCAUUUAAAAACGCACACUAUGACCCCGUUAGCGAUCGAGGAAGUAAUGCAGUCGUUUCCGGUGGAAACACCCGAGCGGAAGCAAUCGGAGAAGGGCGAUAAGGAGGAUGAGACUGAGCCGAAGGGUCCCAAGGAGUGUCAUAUCUGCGGUAAGAAGUUCCUCAGAGCGUUCCGUUUGAAGCAGCACAUGUUGAGUCACGAAAUCAACAUCCAGUGUGAGCAUUGCAACAAAAAGUUCGCUGCGGGGGCCUAUCAGUUCUAUAAGGUUCACAUGGAGGAGGACCACCCGGCGAUGCAACUGCUGCCGGAGAAGAAAGUGGACGAUGAAGAUUCUGACCGACCAUUCCGCUGCGAUCUGUGUGAUAGGGCAUUCAACCGCAAGACGCAUCUGAAUCGUCACAUGACGAUGCACGAUUCGAGCAAACAGUUCGAGUGCAACGUUUGUCAUAAAAAGUUCAACCGAAAGGAUAAUCUGCAGGCCCAUUUGAAGAUGCACGUCAAGGAUGGCGUGCUGAUGGAAUCCCAACUGCAGCAGAUUGUAGAGGAAAAGGAAAGGGAAGUGAAGCGAUCAACCCAGACUAGGGACAACGGUGACGAUGAUGAUGAGGACGAAGGCGAUAGCAAGGAAGACAUAUUCAAAAAACCGGAACUGGCGGAAUCGAUGAAACAGAAGCAGUGUCCGUUCUGCAGUCGAACCUUUGGCCGAUUCUAUCAUCUGAAACGGCACAUGAAACUGCACGGAGUGGGAGUGGAGGAAAACGAAAAAGCCAAGGAUGAUUCAGCGGAUGAAGCUGACGAUAAAAUGAGAGCCAUCUGCCGCAUCUGUGAUGCCACGUUCGACAAAAUAGCACAGCUCCGAAAUCAUUUACGAGAUCACAUGAAUCCGGAAAGCUUUACCGAAGUAAAUAUCCGUACGAAGCCGUAUCUAUUCGAGGAGGGAUACAUCGUCGAUAAUUACGUGGAUUAUUUGGUGCAAAAGAUUUGCGCCUGGAAUGUGAAUCGUUUGUACAUGAUAAUUGAACCGGACGGGGAAGAGUUGAGUCUUAGCGAUUCGGAUUCGGAACCGGAGGAAGGUGACAUGCCGAUGGAAGGUAUCAUUCGGCGCGAGCACACCUGUGUAGUGUGCAAUCAGAAUUUUCCACGUAUUAAGAAGAUACUGGAGCAUGCUCAAAGCCAACAUCAGACGGAGCAAAUGUUAAGCUGUAUGCACUGUUCGCGUGGAUUCCCAAGCAACGAACUGCUUGUGCGUCAUCUGAAGCUGCAGUGUGAAAACCAGCACAAGAAAUUCUUCUGCAGUUUCUGCAACGAACGGUUCAUGUGGCAGAACAGUCUAAGCAAGCAUACCAAGCAAAAGCACGACCAGAAGGAGAGCAAGUUCUUCUGCGACGUGUGUCAUCGUGGGUUCGCCCGGAACGAACAUCUACAGCGUCACUACAGGGUGCACGAUCCGGCGGAGAAGAAGUUCGAAUGUCCCUAUUGCCAGAAGAAGUUCAAUCGGAAGGACAACCUUCGAUCGCACAUUAAGAUCCACACGCGAGGUCCGGACGAUGUUAAAGAGCCGACCCAUCUCUGCGUGCUGUGCGGUAAGAGUUUCACAACCUCGUUCAACUAUACCGUGCACAUGCGGAGACAUACCGGAGAGCGGCCGUACAAGUGUGACAUUUGUGGAAAGGGAUUUCCUCGAACACUGGAUAUGCAGAGCCAUCGGAGGACUCACACCGGAGAAAAGCCAUUCAGUUGCGAAGUGUGCGGAAAAAGUUUCUCAAGAUCUUGCCGGCUGGUUCUCCACCGAAGGGUACACACCGGAGAAAAGCCAUACAAAUGCACCUAUUGUGAUCGUGCGUUUGCCCAGCCGAACGAUCUGACGCUGCACAUCCGGCGCCACACGGGCGAGAAACCGUACGUGUGCGGUAUCUGUAACGAACGCUUCAUCCAGGGCACGGCCUUGCGGGCGCAUCAACGCACCACCGGACACUAUGAGGAACGCAAGUAUGAGCGGUACACGCUGGCAUCGCAAUAGAUUUUUGAUAGUUGACGGAGGAUGAUUGACCCAAAAGCGUUGCAUUUAAAUUAACCCACAUUAACUUAUACCUACAUGCAUAAUUGGCUAAAGUAUUCAAUUCAAGGGCAAAAUAUAUCGAAUAUUGCAGGCACCCUA